UUGAAAGUCGUAAUGACUAACUUUCAGAUUACAAACAAUGUCGACGAUUAAGAUUCCAUCAUCUUUCCGAAUUCACAUACCAUCACGUGUCGUGCCGAAACCGCAAUGGCUUUGUGCUGGUCCGCACAUGACAACAUGUCGGACACGGACCAGGUCCAAGAACAAGGCUUUCAACGUAUAUGCAGUGGCUGUACACAGAUUGAAGCUGAUCGGUCCGGACGGAGAAGAGCAUGAGUUCGAAGCAAGAGAAGACACGUGCGUACUGGAAUCCGCAGAGGACGAAGGACUCGAGCUUCCGUACUCGUGCAGGUCGGGGACAUGUGGAACAUGUGCCGGAAAAUUAGUGUCGGGAAGUGUGGAUCAAUCUCAAGGAUCGUUCCUCGACGACGACCAGAUCGAUGAAGGGUACGUCCUCACAUGUGUAGCGCAGCCGCUGUCAGACGGUGUUAUUUACACCCACAAGCAAGCCGAUCUGUAAUGCCGCACGUGUUGUAAUUGUGUUACACUUUUGUUGGUGUAUGUGGUUAUAUAUGUUGGUCCAUUUUCACAUGAGAUUACGAUAUGAUUUGUGAAACCAAUAUAAGAUAUUUCAUCUGCAAA